ACAACAACGUUCAUACAACCUGCACGUGUGUGCACGCCAAAUUUGAUAGAUCAUGGGAAAUACCCGGCAAAAUCCGAUAAUGCAACCAUAGAUGCUAAAAUGACGACCAACAUCACCAUUUUAAAGAUUGAUGACCCCUUCCAUUUCUGGGGGAAGGAGGUGCUAGGACCUGGAGUAUCUCAUGAGACCAUUCAGUUCCAGGAACUAUGUGAUGAGAUUGAGGACUACUGCUCUUCAGACCAAUACAUCAUAGAACAUGUUAACAAUCCAGUCAAGGGCAGGAUGUAUCUAGCUCAGAGGCCUAGUGAUAGUAAAUGGUACCGAGCUAGGGUUCUCAGCAAUUAUCAGACAGCUCAUGGAAUAAAAGCCUCGUGUCAUCUAGUGGAUUAUGCAGAGUCAUUCCUGGUUCCAAUCAAUAGAUUGAAGGAGAUUCCAGCCAAACUGAAGAUGUUUCCAUCACAAGCCAAACCUUUCAGACUACACGAUCUACAACCCACUACCUUACAUGUCACCAUUGAAGAAAAUCAGGCAGAACUGGGGCCAGCACAGAAAUGGGACAUAGCAGCAGUGGAAUUCUUCAAGAAUAUUGUUGAAGACCGGUCAGCUCAGGUGGACAUACAUGGGAUUGGUCAAAAGGAAACACGAUUUGUUACUCUCCAUGUGAACACACCACAUGGACAGGUGAAUGUGAAUGAAGAGCUUCUAAAGCUGGGUUAUGCUGUUAGUGUUGAAAGGGAGUUUGAUGAAGUAUCAGAGAUAGGAAGCUCAGAAGGUGGAUGCUCUCGCCCUAUGACCCCUAGAACAUACACCCCUAAGAUCUCUAGUCCUCCUCGGAUCAACGAGGUAGAGCCAUCAGAGACAGAGAUAUACGGUGCAGGACCCUCACCCUGGACACCGGGAGGUCAGAGUUCUUCUGGUCAAACUCUAAAUGGAGAGACGCAGAGUAACUCUGGAGGUAUCUUGGUACGACACGCUCCAGAUGAGGAUGUUCAUCUUAGAUCGCCAAGAGCCAGAGGAUCUAGUCCUUCACUAAGGCAGGUCCAGGACCAGGUCCAGGACCAGGUCCAGGUCCAGGAUGAGAUGAGUCCUGACAAUACAUCCAAAGAUGUUGAAGGAUCACAGUUAACUCCAUCUACAGGCAGAGGGCGUGGCCUUGCAGCACUCGUCAGGACCAGUGAAGUUGGACGAACCAGAUCACCGAGCCCAUUAUCACCUCCUUCCUCUACAACCUCCCCUCCAUCAAACAUCUUGAAGUCAGCUAACCUUCAAAGGAUGUUGGAAAAGUCUCCUCGAUCAUCUCCAUCAGCCCAGCCAUCAACGUCUCCAUCAGCCCAGCCAUUAACGUCUCCUCAAUCAUCUCCAUCAUCUCAACCAUCGAAGUCUCCCAAGAGCUCAACUCAACCAUCCCUUUCUCCUUGUCCUCUUGAUGAGAAUGUUGUUCCGAGACCAGGGAUCCACAAACCUCUUGUAAUCUCUAAAACUACCAGACAGCCAUUCAUGAGAGAUGUGAGCGUAAGACCAAAGGAGUUACCAUCCAAACAGGUUAGGACACCUAGGCAAUCAGAAACCAAGUCUCCUCCAACUUUCGUGUCCCCAGUCAGGGAUUCUAAGUUACCAUGGAAACACAAAACCCACAGAGGAGCAUCUCAACAGAGUCCAUCUUCAUCUGAUUGGAAAAAGAUGAGUUCAACGAGUGGACAAUCGGAUGUUUCUGAAGGAGAGGUUACUACACCAGUCAGAGCAAAGACUACACCGACAUCCUCCCCCUCUGAACGGGCCAAGAUUAUUCAAGAAAGUCUUCUAAAGCAGUUGAAGUCUGGCAGCCCUGAAGAUGAACCUCGUACUGGAUCUUCUAGUCAUCACCAUGGCAACGAGAUGGGCGUGAUCAUGCAUGGGGACCUCCCACCUGAUCCGAUCAGACAAAUCAAAAAUGCUCCGUUCCCAGAAGUCAUCAAGAAGGUUUACCAGAGAGAAAAGACACACAUGAACAUAAGUCUUCUUGAAGCCUAUGCUUGGCCAGCAGUACUGAGAGGUCGUGACCUUGUGGGCGUGGCUCCGAGAGAUGGAGCAAACACCCUAGCCUUCCUUCUACCAGUCAUCACUCAGCUGCUCCAAUCAAGUACAUACACCAACCUACCACCAGGCAAUGGGCCUCUGGCAUUGAUUCUGUGUACAUCCUGGGAGCAUGCAGAGUCUGUAUGUCAGCUGUGUGAGAAGUUUGUAAGAGCAGCAAGCAAGUCAAUCAACACCAUCUUCCUAUAUGGGGGUAACAAUGAGAAACAACAAGAGGUCCAACUGGUAAAUGGCUGUCAGAUCUUGAUUUCUACCUUGCCAUGUGUGUUGAAGAUGAAAGAAAGAAACCUGACAAACUUCAACAGACUUUGUCAUGUGAUCUUUGAUGAGGGAAACAUUCUUUUCAGGGACUUCUUUGAUGAGGUGAAGAUCAUGAUGCAAGAGCUUCUGAGUGUACUAAGGGUUGAUCAGAGGCGGUCAGCUCCAAGGCAGCUUCUGGUCUUUGCCAAUGAGUGGACAUCAGCUAUAGGUUCCUUUCUCCGGACAUACAUGACCAAUCAACUUGUAGUCAUUACUCACAAACUGGAGGCUGCAGUCUAUGCCAGGGUUCGACAGAACAUAGAAAUGAUGGAUUCUAGUCAGCGCACCCAAGUCAUGUUGAGUAAGCUCCAAUCAGGAAUGCUGAAGGGAACCAAAUCAAUCAUCUUUGCUAAUGAUCGGAAGACUGCUGCAGAACUUAUGAAGAUUCUGACCUCAGCGUCCAUCUACACCUUACUAGCAACAGACGACAUGCCAAGUGACAGCAUUGAGAGAAUCAAGAAAGAAUGGUACACUCAUCAUAGACCGGACUCAAUACCAAUCCUAGUGAUGACUGAUGGUGCAAUCAACGAUGUUGAGAUAACGGAUGCCAUGUAUAUCAUCCAUUAUGAUUUCCCUUCUAACAAGGCUCAUUAUGGAAAGAGAAUGGGAUGUAUGAUCAGACACUUUGAAUCACAACUCAAAGAGGUGAGCUUUUAUUUCUAACCCUAACCCGUCUAACAAGGCUCGUUAUGGAAAGAGAAUGGGAUGUAUGAUCAGACACUUUGAAUCACAACUCAAAGAGGUUAGCUUUU